AUGAAAAAAGCUUCCAAGCAAAAUCUGGCAAGAUUCCUGGGUCUCAUUUGCAAUGGAUUUUGCCGUCAAAAAUCCGGCCUGUUGCGUACCUAUCGAAUUUGUCCAACGAAAACUACGAAAUUUCUCAUUAUAUACGAUCAGAUCCGAUACUUCCUUAAUUUUCAUUCGUUUCAAAAACAAAUAUCAAGCAUUCACUAUAUUCAAAAUUCAAUUGAUAUGAAUAAAAAUGAGAUCGCAAGAAUCGAUUCAGGCAUCAAUAAAAUGCGAUGUCGCUUAGAGUGUAAUAAAUAUUCACUUAAAGCUGCAAUUGAUCAGCUUGAAAUGGAAAAGAAUGAACUUCAAGGAGAAAAUCCAAAUUCACUGUUCGACGAAAAACAGAAUUGA